AUGGUUCUUGACUACAGCAAGUGGGAUGCUCUAGAGCUAUCCGAUGACUCCGACAUUGAGGUUCACCCUAAUGUUGACAAACGCUCUUUUAUCCGAGCCAAGCAGAAUCAAAUCCAUCAGCAACGAGAACAGCGCCGCCACGACAUCAAGACCCUGAAGUAUGAGCGCAUCAUCAACGAUGGUCUCCUUGUGCGCAUCGACAAGCUCCUCUCAGCGCUAAAGCAGCACGAAGGCACCUCUACCUCCCCCGAACAGCCUAUCUUCCAGACUAUCAUGGAAUUUGCCAGCAACCCCGCAGACGACCAAGCCCCGCCACCACCAGAGGGCGUUUAUACACAUGAAAAGGAGCAGCCCAAAUACUCUCAGAUGAUGAGCUCGCUGCUCGAUAUGGUGAAGAAAGAGUUUGAGGACUCGAAACCCGACAAUAUGAUCGAUGCAUACAUCAAGGGCGUCGAGGGUCACCAGACCAAGGUGCAGAAUCUGCAGAAGGAAUUGUUGACAAGGCUCGCGGGACUGGAGAAGGAAGAGGGCAGCAAGAUUACCAGCGACCAAUUGCACGACGGCUUCAAUACAUCUCACGUUGCCAAGGCUACUGAGAAGUCGCAAGCUGCUUCAUCCAAGUCUACUGAGGUCCAACUGCUGAACCCCGGUGCGAGCAGCAGCCAGGCCGCGGCCGAGAAUGAAGACGACGAUGAUGAUCCUGCCGAUGUCGAGAUUAGCGAAUUAGGCCGCAAGUUUGCCCAUCUUCGUCCCAACGACUACGCUGCCUACCUUCAAUUUAUCAGCGCCAACCCCCAGAUUGUCGCCGAGAAGGAGACUGAUGGCCUGCUUGUCGAGGCUUUCAACACUCAAAUGAAGGGCCAGGAAGAGUAUGCCCGGCAGUGUGUUCACCAGGCUUUACUCUUGCAAUACUGUCGCUCCUUGGGCCCCGAUGGUAUCAAGCUCUUUUUCACCCGCAUCACAACCAAGGACCACCGGGCAUCAGGUCUGUUCCGCAACGACGUCAAUGAAACUUAUCACCGUAUCAAGAGCCGUGCCGCUGAGCUGAGCAAAGAUGGCUCUGCCUCUAACGACCCCGCGGGUGUCGAACAAAUCCAGUUGCACGCCGUUGACCCCAACACAAAGAUCACUAUCAACCUCCCUCAACCAAACAGCCAGGAGCCUAUUGAGAUUGAGGCCCGCAAGAUCUUUGAUGCUUUCUCCCCAGAGCUUCAAAAGGCCCUGGAAUCCGAGUCCCUGGAUGAAGUGAACAAGGUCCUUGGCAAGUUGUCCGUGGAAGAUGCGGAAGUUGUUGUUGAGCAGCUGGGUGAAAGCGGUAUGCUCAGCAUGGAGCAAGGUAUCAUCGAUAGUACUACUGAGGAGGGAAAACAAAAGCUUGCUGAGUUUGAGGCUGAACGCCAACAUGAAGAAGUCGGAGAACCUGCUGGUGACAUUACUGAAUUGGACUAG